UGCAAUUUGUCAGUGUUAAGUAUUUGUGUUUAUGCUUUUUGUAAUUUUCAGUUUUAAUACAAUAACGUUAUUGACUUCUUGUAUUAAAGGUUCAAACCCUAGUUUAAACGAUUAUUAACUCAGACUUUUUCCUUUGCGUUGUUGAAACCAGUAGUCGAAUCUUCAUCGUAAAUUGGUUGGACUGCUGCACAUUUGUUUUGGCAGCUAUGGAGGGAUGCAUUACCGUGGAGUCGGAAUUAUCGAGGAUCAUUAGCAAAUUCGAAACGCAGAAGAAAAUCAACGAGCGCAAUGUGGACGAAAGUAUCCAGAUCCUGGAGAACGCCAAGGCUGAACUUUUAGCGCGGAGUCCAAUGGACACAGAUGAACCCGUGCGCGCGACGCCAAACACCGCCUUCAUCCGUCAGGCGACAAAAAACGCCAAGGAUGUGGCGGGAAAAGUGUCGACAUCGCAUCGGGAACUGCAUGCGGGUGUAUCGCGACUGGGAAAGGUGAUUGACAAGAAUUUCACCGCAGAUUUCAACGCAAUCAAUUGUCCGGAAGCGCUGUUGGGUAAAGAAAAGUUGGACCAUCUCAGUCAGGCCAUUGUGGAAUAUCUCUUCAGGCAAGGACUGCUGGAUGUGGGCAAUAAGCUUCUGGAAGAAGCGCACAUGCAGAUGGACGAGACCAAGGCACGCCCCUUCGUGGAGUUGAACGCAAUCCUGGUUAGCCUGAGCGAGCACAACGUAGCACCGGCUCUGCAGUGGACGAUGGAGCACCGGGAACAGCUGGAGCAGCGCCACAGCGUUCUCGAGUACAAACUGCACCGGUUGCAGUUCAUCGAACUGAUCCGCCGCUUCCCUCACGAUCCAAGGGCCAUCCUCGAGUACUCCCGUCAUUUCCAGCGCUUCCGCUGUAACGACCAGAUUAAAGAUGUGCAACGGCUGAUGGGCUCGCUGCUCUUCCUCAAUCAGGGUCUAGAGAAAUCGCCCUAUCGCGAUCUGAUCAGUCAGGAUCUAUGGCUGGACGUCAGUGAAACUUUUACAAAGGAGGCCUGCGCCCUGCUGGGAUUAUCCAUGGAGAGUCCUUUAACUGUCUGCGUGAAAAUGGGAUGCCGGGCCAUCCCAAUGCUGCUGGGUAUUCGUCAUGCCAUGCUGAAUCACCAGGUUGGCGACAUUUUGAAUAACUCCAGACAGGAACUACCGAUCGAAGUGGAUGUUGUUCCGGAUUAUCUCUAUCAUUCUCGUUUUACCUGUCCGAUUCUGCGGCAGCAGUCCUCGGAGAAAAAUCCUCCCAUGCGUCUCAACUGCGGCCACGUGAUCUCCAAGGACGCCCUCAUGAGACUCAGCAACUCUACCAAAUCCACAAAGAUAAAGUGUCCGUACUGCCCAAGCGAACAGAGCGCAACGGAUGCCAAACGGAUCCAUCUGUAGCAUUCUUCGCGUUUUUGCUUGCCGAAUUGCCGGCGAUCCGAAUUGUAUCGUAGCAAAGCAAUUGGCAAUCGCGUAAUAUUAUUAUUGUACAGCGCUCACAAUCAGCGGCACUUUACUUGCGUCAUGUCAUGUUUAUCAUCUUGUUUUUACUUUUAUCAAAGCUUUAUACUCGUGCAUGCUCUUUGAUUCGUUCCCCGUGUUGAGGACCCAUUUCAGCAGUACUUACCAAUGAUGCCCGUAGCAAAAAAUAUAAAAUGAGAGAUAAAACUGUUUAAAAUAAUAAUUGCGCGAAACAGCAUACUAAAAGUCUAAACCGAGUAAAAUCACAUG